GUCGUUUCCAUAGAGACACGGCUUUCCAUGGCCAGUGAUGCUAAAGCGUUAUUGUUGCCUCGUUUAAAGUUCAACAAUGUCAAAGCUGUCUGCUGAUGAUGAGUUGCAAUUACAAACGCUCCUCAAGCAGCUUCUGAGAAGCAUCAGUGACAAGAUCUCUGGAGCACCAUCCCCUGAAAGUGCUGAAGAGAUCCUCCUCUGUUUGGAGGAGACUGACAAGAACUUCCACAACUAUGAGUUUGUCAGAUACCUCCGCCAGCAUGUGGAGAGCUCUAUGGGGACGGUGGUGGAGGAGGAAAUACAGAACUUAACCAGAGGAGGACAACAUGCAGUUGGAGCGGCACAUGAUACCUUAAUUCAAGCUGCGACUCGGAGAACAAGAAACUCGGCUCAGUACCGUCUGAUGAUACAGACAUUAAAAAACACCAUGAUGGUGGUUGUGGAGUCUCUAAUCAACAAGUUUGAGGAAGACCAGCUGAGAAAGGAGGAGAUGAACAGAGCGAUGGAGCGGUGUCAGUCCAGCAGCCAGUACGCCGAUAACUGCUCAGACAGCGACUCCUCCUUCAACCAGAGUUAUGCUUUCAUCAGACAGGAGCAGCUGCAGGCGCUGGCGGAAAAACUUGACCCCAGCAAGCCCAAAGAGGUGCGGCGUGAGGCUCUGCAAGCUCUCUGCGGCGCUCCUCUUUCUGACGUUCUGAGCUGUGAGAGCUGGAACACUCUGCAAGCGAACCUCUGUGCAGCUCUGACUGAACCUGACCUCAGCGAGAAUGUGCUGCGUUUCUUAGCUAAAAGCUUCUCCUCAUCUCCGCUGAACGUGACGCGAGAAAUCUACACCAGCUUCGCAAAGAGUGUAGAAUCAGGCUUUCGGUCUCAGGAGUUAAGCUUCCCUACUGGAUCAGCUACGGUCGACAUUAACACUCCUCAGAUCAGUCGUCUCCUCAAACAGGUUCGACUCAUGAAUGACUUUCAGAAAGAUGUGACGACCUUCUGGAUCCGUCACCCAGAGAAAUAUAUGGAGGAGAUUAUAGAGAGCACAUUCUCCCUUCUGUCCAUCUAUCAUGAAUGUGGCUCCAAUGGAGCAGAGAGAACACUGGAACCGGUCCACUUGCUGUCCUUACUCGAUAUUAAAGCUACCUGGUUUAAUAAAUGGAUGCAUGGCUACUACAGCAGGGCGGUGGUUUUCAGGCUCCUGGAGAAAAAAUACAAGUCUCUGGUAGCAGAAGCUCUUCAGCAGUGCUUGCAUUAUAGUGAGUCGUUUGAAUGCAACACCAGUGAGGCCGAUAACCCUGGUAAGGAAAACGGCAUAAAUCCAGGUUUGUCUCAGAGGAGCAUUUAUACCAGAAAGGAACUUGAAUAUUCAUUCUUUGUUCACUCUCUGUGUGUCCUGGGUAAACUCAUCAUCUACACCGACGGACGAAAACUCUUUCCCGUUAAAAUCAGGACGCACAAAGAUCCAGUUACUCUCACAGACUUUAUUGUCAUCCUGAUUAACAUCAUGUAUCAACACCCCCGACCUUUGAGCAGCGACACCUCCCUGACAGACUCCCUGUCGCCCAGCAGUCUGGUGAUGGAGGUGCUGUGGAUGUUAUGUGAACGAACAGAAUGUGCUGCUGAUUGUCUUUACCAGACUCCUGUCAUUGAAACCCUGCUUGCACCUGUUGUUGCGCUACUUACUGAACAACGGACUAACUUGAAGUUUCCCGCAGCAACACAGAUCCUCAUUGCUGAUAUUCUGGCCCGCAUCGCAAAUACAGACAAAGGAUUAGAGAUUUUCCUAUAUGAGAAGAACCUUCUUGGUGCCCACGGUGAAAAGACAAGUUCUUUAUCAGAAAGGAUUUCAACCCCCGUUUCUGGAGUUUGUACUGGAUCAUCCACCCAAGAAAUGGCAAACAUGCUCGUCUGGGAAGAGACUUUGUUGGGCAGUCUUCUGAACUUUGCUGCAACCCCUAAAGGCCUUUUGCUGCUACAGCAGACAGGAGCCAUCCAGGAAUGCGUGUCCUACAUGUUCUCCCGCUUUAGCAAAAAACUACAGGUGAGUCGCUGUGAGAAGUUUGGGUAUGGAGUAAUGGUGACACAGGUAGCUGCGACUGCCCCAGGGGUUGCAGCUCUGCACAGUUCAGGUUUCGUCACAUCGCUGGUUGUAGAGCUGUGGUUGGCUCUCGAAAGUGGGGCUGACGAUACCAGAGUUGCGCAUCCCAGACCAACACCUAUGGACCCCAUAGACAGAAGCUGCCUGAAGUCUUUCUUGUCCUUGGUCAACCUCCUGUCCUCCUCUCUCGCUGUGUGGGAGCUUCUGGGCCGACAGCUUUUAGCUAACAAGAGUGAAUACACCCUGCGAGAGACGCCAACUUCCAUACCUGAUUUGAUUGACAGGCUCGUUGCUGUGAAUUCAGAUGUGAAGAUCCAUUCCCUGUUCCACUACGAGCAGUCUCAUACGUUCGGCCUGAGACUGCUCAGUGUGCUCUGCUGCUGCUUGGACUCCUUCCUGCUGCUGGAGAGCCAAUAUAACAUCUGCUCCAUGCUGGUGCAGAGACAGAAGGAAAACGUCACUGACCAAGACACCACAGAGGGGGUGAUCAUCAUUGACAGUCUGUCAGUGGAGAGGAAUCACAUAUUGGUUCGUGUAAACGUUGUGGGAGGUCCAUCUGAAAGAAGGCUUCCCUCUCGUGUCCUUGAAGAGGGGGAAGAUCCAUACUCUUGGCCGAUGUUUAUAAGCUACCCACCACCCCCCUGCUAUAUUCUAAACCUUCAAGAUUUUCAAAAUAACACAAAAGAGAGCGAGAUUGGUGCAUUUCUGGCUUCACCGAAAGAACCAAAGAAUGAGGAGAACUGGUUAGAAAUCUGCCAAAGACAUUUCUGCGAAGACAUAUCAAAAUCCAACACUCUGUCUGGAAAGGUGCUGGCUGACCUUCUGGAGAAAGUUGUUGCCCAUCUAUCCAGCUCUGCCUCAAGAUGCUUCUUCUCUCCGGCUCAGUACAAAGCGGAGGAGAAAAAUGUGAAGAGUGUUGCGUUAUCAUCUGUGGAGCAGCUGGGCAUCAAUAUAUGCUUCAGGUAUGGCUGCUCCCUACAGAUACUGCAGGAAGAAUCAAUGAGUGACUUGGAGCUGCUAAUGAAACACAUAAAGACCUACCUGUCAACACAAAGAGUUAAAACAUCAUCAGGUCUUAUAAGUCAGCAGUAUGACUAUCCAGGCCAUGACUGGCUGGCCUCCACAGUUUUUCUCAUCAUGGCUGGAAACAUGGAGCGGUCUCUGCAACUGUUACUAAACCUGUCCUCUCUGCUUUUAUCAGCGUUCAUCUGGCCUGGACGGAUACAUGCUUCAGUCCAUUUUCCUCAGAAAGUGGCUGAAUCAGGAAUCACUCCUGUCUACUGGUGCACGGCUCAUUAUGUGGAGAUGCUGCUGAAAGCUGAAGUCCCUUUGGUUCAUUCUGCCUUCAGGAUGUCGGGUUUCACUCCUUCACAGAUGUGCCUCCACUGGCUUACUCAGUGUUUUUGGAACUACCUGGACUGGAGCGAAAUCUGCAUGUACAUCUGCACCUGUGCGGUGAUGGGUCCAGAUUACCAGGUUUACCUGUGUGUGGCUAUAUUCAAACACCUGCAGCCUGAGAUCCUGGAGCGCACACAAUCCCAGGAACUGCAGGUUUUCCUCAAGGAGGAGCCAAUCGCUGGUUUCAAGUUCAGCAACUACCUAGAGUUUAUGAUGGGACUGGAGCGCAGAUACAGGAAGAUAAUUCUGACAGACAUGGAUAACAUCAAGAAUCCUCAGGAGUAGAACCUUCAAAACCCUUUUUAUUUUUUUUACAAAAAGAAACGCAGACCAACUUUCAUUCUUCUCUGACUUCACCA